UCUCAAAAAAAAAAAAAAGUCACACAUUUAUUGAAACAAAUUCUUUUCACGGGCCAUAUUGCACCAUUUUGCUAAUAUAAACAAGGGGUCAAAUUGCUAAUAUAAAUAAUAUCCAAGGACCAAAUAGCAACAAAUAAUGGGCGGAGCUGGAGCGCAAUCAGAAGUGGGGCCCAUGUAAGAAAAAAAAGAACGUCACCACACAUUUUGACAUUUUGACCACUAAAUGCCAAAUUCAUGAGUUAGCCGUUGAGACUCCCAUAGAAGAAACCUCUGCAGAAAAAACUUUCUUGAAAAAAGGGCAAAAGAAAAAACCUCGUUUGCUACAAUUCGGUCUGAUCAUUUCACUCUCACUAAAAAUGGACGAUUUCUUCUCCGACGACAGCGACGGCGAGAAGGCGGUGGAGGAGCUCCUAUCUCAGGCCAUGGAUUCCACAGUUCUCGAGCAGGUGGCCGCGAUCAACUGCGCCGGUUUCACCAAGACCGAUCUCCCUUCUCACCUCGAAACCCGCUUCCAGCGCCUCAAAUCUCUGCCGUCACCGGCGGCGAAGCACGCUCCUUUAGCAACAAAGAGCUUCAGUUUUUCAAAUCCAUCGGAAUUGAAGAAGAACGAACCGAAGAAAUCAGAUUCCGGCGAAGAAAAAUCCGCGGAGGACAAAGGCGAAGAGGUGCAUCCAAAGUGUUUGAAGAAAGUCCCAGAAGAGAAAAACUGCUUAUCUCGCAGCGAGAGCUUCUCGCCCCUGAAGAAGAAGAACCCACGAGUGAAAAUGGAGGAGAAGGGUACCAAAUCAUUUUCUUCGUCGUCUUCUUCCUUUGAGGGUUUCUCCAGUAGGUCCGUUUCGCCGCCGGCGAAGAGCGGCUGUUUUCUGUGUUCUCCUAAAAAAUCGGCAAGAAAGAAUAAAGAAAACAGGGGUUUGGAUUUGGGGAUUAAUUGGGGGAAGAAGCAAGAUAAUGAUGAUUUAUUAUCCGAUUUGAGUGAUAAUUCAAUGAGUUAUAAUCAGAGGAAGCUGAUCAAGAAAGCUAUCGCGGAGGAAGAAAAAAUUUGCAGGGAAGCUGAGAAAAUUGUGAAGUGGGCUAAGCAAUAUUCUUCCAGAAUGGAUGUUUCAAGCAUUGAAGAUGAGCUAAGUGAUGAUGAAAAUGCUAAGUUUCCGUAAAUCUUGUUAUAGUUUAUACAUACAGAAGAUAUAUAUAUAGUAUAGAGUAAGUGUUAUCUUUCUACAUAUAUGAAAUUGGUCGAACAAAAAAAAAAAUCGAGUAAAACGUGUGUUUCUGCGGUGUUCGUUGUUUGGAAAAAAAUCGAUGUAUGCGACAUUCCAAUUCGUUCGAAUACAUUGAUGUUGAAGUGAAAUUUAAUGUUGAUCGUGUUUCUUGUUACUGUUAUUUGAAAAUUUACAUCUUUUGAGCACAACGGUGAACGUACGACGAACUCGAGAAAAAAGAAAACAAAUGUUCAAUCCUGAAACUCGACUUUUGCAGAGUGUUUA